AUAUAAAUAAAAUAUAUUUAAAUUUAUUGUAGAAAUUUCGGUAUUCCGGUAACACCAGUAAAAUUUUGUCCAGUUAACCCCUAAGUUUACUCGUUUAUCCGGAUUUAGAUUUGUUAUGUGCGCUGGCGAUAUCCAUUUUUGUUAUGAGCUGUCAGUAAAGAAAACAAUGGCCAGUGAGAACUGAGUUAUAAAUUUACUUUAAGGAAAUUCUUUCGUUUAAAAACUGAAAAACCUGUGCGAAUAUUUGAAUGAUGGAUGAAAAGUUACCAGCAGAAUGUUAUCAUCAAGCCAAAAAAUCAAAAUUGUCCGAGGACCAUGAUUGUACGGAGAUGAUAAUGGAUUCUACGGUAACCAAAUCAGAUAAACAGCUGUCUUCGUCAUCAAAGUUGAAGUUGGAUAAAUCAUCAGAAAGUUUAAGCGAUGAUACUAUGCAAGAAGAUCCGGUUAAGGACGUUCCCAAUGCUACAGUCUCUGAGGGUGUUAAUUGUUCGGAGGCCGAACCGACUAACAUGACCGUUGAGGAUGACAUAGUUGCGUCCGGGACCGGCGAGUCUACCGUUGAAGAUUUGCCAGCAAUGAUCGAGAAUCCUAUUAGUACUCCUGAGGUACGCUUUCCUGCGUUAACCAUGUUCGAUAUGCCUCCGUGGUCAGAAGAAGAAGUAUCAAGUGGGAAUGUUGAACCUCGCACUGAUGAGCUUCGACCUAGAAAUCGCUUUCGAGGUCGAAACUAUAGACUUAGAUCUGAUUCUGUGGAAUCGGCAAACGAACAUGGAGAAGAAAAUAAUCAGGAUUUUGAAGCAAUUGUUAGGCGGCUUGUAGAUGAAAUCAACAAUGAGAAUGCGAGUGAUGAUGAUGAAAAUGAGAACAACGAAGACGAUGGCAGCGAUGAAAACAGUACUGAUACUUCCUCAGCAGACUCAGAUGAUUCUGACUCGUCUCUGCCGAUUUCCGAUGAUGACGAUGACGACGACGACGAUAAUGGUAGUACCGACAAUGAGUCAGACAACAAUGCCAAUGAGCACGUAGAUGUCUCAAACCUUCCAUUCAUGCAGACCUCUAACGUGAAAAGUAACUGGAACUAUUUUCGUGAGAUUCAGCUUCGUUCAUUUGGCCUUUCGUAUCACAAAAAAGCAUCCAUUGGUGGGGUGCGGUACAAUUCCAACCAGUUUCAGUCCCGCGCUUAUGGUUCGAAGCAUAUAGUUGAAAGAUUAACGCUGCAGCAUCAACUGAGUAAACAUGGUAGCUGUGUCAAUAGCUUAAAUUUUAAUUCAUCCGGCACGCUGUUGGCUAGUGGAUCUGACGAUUUAAAAAUAAAUCUAUGGAAUUGGCAGAAUGGAAAAUUGGUGCAAUCAAUCGCAAGCGAACACAGAAUGAACAUAUUUCAAACCAAAUUUUUUGAAGCUAGUGGAUAUCGGAACGAAAUAAAAAUAAUUUCAACGGGAAGAGAUGGUCAGGUUCGGCUGACACGCGUUGGCCAUGCAGGCGAAAUCGAAAGAACGAUUUUGUUCAAACAAAGCCAACCGAUCCAUAAGAUUGCUAUUCCAGCCCGGUCUCAGUUUGAGUUUCUAACAGCCUGUGAGGAUGGAUUAGUGAAAAGCUUUGAUCUACGGGACAACGUAGUCAAAAAGGUAACAAAAACAAAGCAACGACUUUACAGUAUCGCUACGCAUCCAUUUGAUCAUGAAUUUUGUGUUUCGGGCAAUGAUGAGUCCGUCCGGGUGUACGAUCGCCGUAAUACUUCAAAACCGAUGAAAGUCCAUUAUGCUCACCAUACUAAAAGUGACAAACAACGAUUUACGGUGACCUGUGCCGUAUACAAUAAUCUAGGAACAGAAAUUCUAGCUAGUUAUAGUGAUGAAGAUGUCUUCCUGUUCGAUAAUGUGCAACACGAAGAUGGCAAAUAUAUCCACAGAUAUACUGGACACUGUAAUCGCAAAACAAUCAAAGGAGUAAAUUUCUUUGGACCAAAUUCAGAAUUUAUAGUCAGUGGCAGUGACUGUGGAAAUAUAUUUUUCUGGGAUAAAGAAACCGAAAUAAUCGUUAACUGGAUGAAGGGCGAUCAUGCCGGCGUUGUAAAUUGCUUAGAGCCUCAUCCAGAAUUUCCUAUUAUGGCUACAUCAGGGUUAGACCAUGACGUUAAAAUAUGGGUACCCAAAGGUUCCGACGACGAGAAGGACCCACCGGUUUUUUCACGGGAAGCGCUUAAAAAAUGCGUUCAAAAAAAUUUACGGAUUCGACAAUCUAGUCGAUCGCUUAGCGAUGACCGGAUUCUGGAUUUUCUUAUGUUUCGUCAAGGUUUAGCCUCAGGGAUUGGUCGUUUUCAACACCAAACAUCCUCGGACAGCGAAGAUCAAGCGGAUGGCGCUGGUAGCGCUGGUGGUGGAGAGCCUCGCUCCCGACGGCGUACAAAUAGUGAGGAAGUGGUUUUGCGAUGCAACCCAUCAUAAGUUCGAAAACUAAUCGGCGGAUUCUGGCUUUUACGAAGGCGAUUGUAAUGUGAAACAAUGUGAUUUUAAUAAGAUUCGCAGAGCUUCAGAAGAAGCUCGUUAGGAAGGAUCGUCUUUUCAUUAGAAUUGCUCAUUUUGGUGCACCAUACUUUUUUUUGUUGUUUCCCAUCCCUUCAAAACAUUGUAAGUUGUUAGUUUUAUCUAAACAGAUAUUCAUUUUAAUUUACAUUGUUACAAGCUAAAUUCAAAUGUAUUCGUAGAUAUUUGCGUAACUCUAAAAGCGGGCAAAUCGAUACUAUUUGUGAGUUUCUGAAAGAAUCAAUUCUGAACAAAAAUGAAUUUAGUAGUCAGAAAUAGCACGAUAAUACAAAUGAAGCUAUUUUCUUCAGAAAUAAUCAAAUUCUGUGAUUUGGCGAUGUAGGGAAGUAGUUUCGAUACAAAUAAAUUUGAUUCAAUGCAAAAUAAAU